UGGCUGGGCCCGGGGGGGGACGCUCGGCUGAGCCCCCAAGGAACCCCCGGAGAGGGACGGACCCCGGAGCCCCGAGAUCCCCCCACGGAGGAUGACGUUUACUGUCGCUGUUUGUCGCGCACCCUGUGCCACACGGCCACGCCCGUCACCGUCGGCUUCUACGCGCCCUGCGGCCAGCGGCUGCACUCGCUGCUGGACAAGGUCACCGGUGCGUCCCGGUAUUGGGAUUUAUCGGGAUUUAUCGGGAUUUAUUGGGAUUUAUCGGGAUUUAUCGGGAUUUAUUGGGAUAUCGGGAGUUAUUGGGGUAUUGGGGAUAAUGGGAUUGGGGAUGUGGGGUCACCGCCCUGCGGCCAGCGGCUGCACUCGCUGCUGGACAAGGUCACCGGUGCGUCCCCGAUCGGGAUUUAUCGAGAUUUAUUGGGAUUUAUUGGGAUUUAUUGGGAUUUAUUGGGAUUUAUUGGGAUAUCGGGGUAUUGGGGUAUUGGGGAUAAUAGGAUUGGGAAUGUGGGGUCACCGCCCUGCGGCCAGCGGCUGCACUCGCUGCUGGACAAGGUCACCGGUGCGUCCCCGAUCGGGAUUUAUUGGGAUUUAUUGGGAUUUAUCGGAGUAUUUGGGAUAUCAGGAGUUAUGGGAUUUAUGGCGAGUUAUUGGGAUUGGGAAUGUGGGGCCACCCCCUGCACCAGCGGCUCCAGUCCCAUCCCAUCCCCUGGAUCCCGUCCCAAAUCCAAACCCACCCCAUCUUGA